AAUUCUAUGACACUCUACAUUCAGCCACAUACCGAAUGUCGCACAGAUCGAGACCUACGCACUUCUACAUCUGCUCUGCCGUUGCCCUGUCUGACGGUGCGCUGCGGCCCGAUGUGUCGCUAUAAGACCAACGGGCAGCGAAAACGGGUGCUUUCGGUCGUCGCUCGCCUAUCUUUGUCCUACCUGCCAUCGGCAGGGCUCGGCCAUGUCCUUAGACGACCGAUGCCGACGUCUGCAUGAUGGGCCUUUCUCGUCGCGAUGCGCAAAAUCAGACCUCAAUCCUUCGGACUUGUGAGGGACAGCACUGCCCCUUAACCAGGCUCGGAAACCGCCAGAGUCCGCAUCUUGUCUCACAUCCGCAUCGCUUGUCAAUGAAGCCUCUGCCAUUAGAGGCCCUGGAUCCGUUGGUACUUCUCCAGCGUGUUAGGAAUCUUUGGCGAACUCUGACGCUUGCCGACAACCCGUUCGGGCUGCGACGCGAAAGAUGUACGAGAAGCUGCAAGCGGCGUAUUCGAAGCCACUCCACAUCUGCGUCUGUCCGAUGCAGCCAACGUGAAGCACGUUCACCGGCCGACUCGAGGAAUGGGCCAGAACAAGCUGACCCACGUUGGGUCGGCCGGAAGGAGAUACUAGUAUCCGGCCGCAGCCCUGAAGGUCGCCCAGGGAACCACGAUGAUGCCAUACUGUGGGCGUGAAUGAAGGAACAACGAUGAAUGUACUGAUCUGUACGUCGGGGGAGGGAGCCGGUGGAUCGCAUACUUACAACGCCGACGACGAUGACGGGACAUAGAAACUGGAAACAUCGCGCUGACCCCUUCAACUAAACAUCCAUCCCUUCCAGAUACAGUCGGGCUUUCGUGUCGUCUCCCCGACAACCCCCGGCCACCGCGAUUCAUCAGAUCCACUUCAUCCGCAACGAGUGCGACAUCCCCGUGCCACACUCGUACUCGCUGCAGCUCAAAACAUUGGGUGAUUUGCCUAGCAAUCUGGUACACGCUGAAAGUCCUGGACCCAGCAGGGAUUUGAAGACACGUUCUGGGACAUUCGCAGACCUUCGCACCGUUGUUGUUUGCCGUACAAUCGAUGAGGACGCGGAAGUGUUGGGUCUCCGGCCAGCUUUGCGAGACCGUGGGCUCCUGAUUCGCCUGGAGCAAAGAGAACAACUGAGCGGAAAACAUCCACAGUAAAGGUCGGCGGGUAUGGAAUGCCUGCGUCUCACGGAGCCCGACGUGGAUGUUCGCCGAGUUGUCGUAGGUGCCCAUUUCGAAGCCAGCGACAUGUGCUAACCCAGCGACAUGUGCUCCGGCCCUGCGAGAAGCUGGCUUUUCCAUCUCUUUCUGCGCAAACUCGAACCCGCCAGCCUUCGCAGUCGGCCAUCCAACCGCAAUAUGUGAUGCACGGCAUUCCAAAUCCACCGCGAAUUGAGUGGCCGCGCAAGCGAGAUAAGCUGGGAAUCUUCGAUAUGCGGCCAGGGCCUCCAGGCAUUCAUCGCUCCUGGACUCUUUCUCUGUUGUUGAAUGUGCGCCCUCUGCCCAUGAUGGUAGGGCUGCCGGCUAAAGAUGCU